AUGAAGACCAAAUAAAGUAAGAGUUUAGAGAUUAAAAAAAAGGAAUCAUCAAAUUCUUUCAAUUAAUCCCAAAAAUCAUAAUAAUCCAUUUAGGAGUCAGAAAAUUAUGAUAUCACCAAAACGUAAGAAGUGAAUUUUCAAAAAAUAAGGACUAGUUUAAGUUAGCGCUUUAUAAUUAGAGGCCUAAUUUUUUGGCUCCUAAAUUAUAAUAAGUUUAAAUCAGAUAAAAAAUGCUUAAAGUGGAAUUAGAAAUUUAAAAAAAUCUAAUUUUUAAAGAGAAGUUUAAAUAAUAGUUUUAAGCUUAACUUUACUAUUAUGCAAAUCUUAGUAGAUAAGUUAAAAUAAUAGAGAUAUUAUUUAAGAUAAUUGCAUCCUAUUGGAAAAAUACAAAUUGAUUAUGAUAUCCUCCAAAAAGAUUACUAUAAUUACUCUUAAUUAGCAGAGAGUAAAAUGUAAAUAAUAUUGGAUUCCUUCUAAAUCGAUUAUAUUCACAGAAAAAAUAAUAUCGCUUUAGGAAAUAUUAGAUUUUUAUUUUAAACUCCACAAUUCCCUGAGUUUGAUUAUGUUUUUCCUGGUGGAAAAUUUAAAGAUUUAUAGUUUUAUGAUUUUGAUGUCUUUAUUUUAGAAAAUUUCAAAUAAGAAAAUAAUUUAGAUGAUCCUAUAUUGUAGUUUGUUAAAUAAAACAGGGAGCAGCCUAGUGAAAGAGCAAUGAUUCUAUGGCUUCUAGUGGAUGUCGAAUAAAGAAAACCAUAUUUUAAUAGUUAAAAGAAAAUUAAAGAACUGUCAUUUAUAAUCUGA